AGAACCACAGUACAACACACAACCGCACACACAGACCAACUGUCCUUCAUCUCCAUCCAAAAUCAAGUCCCAGAGAAGCCUAUAGAUUAGCACAUCUAACAGGUAGUCAGUGAACUCUCUCAUCUCUGUCUCCACUAUGCUCUACACACACAAGAUUAACAGUCUAAACAGUGGGGAUGUGUAUCUGGUAAAUGCCCACUGCGAUGUAAAGGAGAAGGACCAGGAGAAGAAGGAGUCCUACCAGGCCACUUGGUUGGACUUGGUGAUGGAAACAAGACCAGAACAACAGACCACAUUGUUUGAAAACGACUCCUCGAGAAAGGAGACCUACAAGCAGAAACAGAUGGCUCAUUUCUUGGUCCAGAGAAACCCCAGUCAGAAGAUCAAGAUGGGCACAAGGGGUGGAAUGCUGAAGGAGUACCAGCUGCCAUACAAGAACGCCAUCCGUGUGCCCAUCUUCACUCCCAGCAAAGCCGUCCCAUCCAAAGACCUGUACAGAUCACCUUCUCCAUCAGAGUACAAGUCUAUCAUGGAAUUUGAGACGAUCGCCAAAGGAGUAUGUUCAGAUAAACAGGAGAUUUUCGAAAUCACUAAGGACUUACCUAAGGUCUCCCAACCUAUCCGUGUUAACUUCAGGGCAUCUAGUCUUAUAUCCCCAACACGUGAGUUUUCACACUCCUUCAGGGGUUGAAAGGGAAGAAUGAAUGUAGGACGUUGGAGGUCAAAUGUAAAAUCAGAGGAAAUGAUAUCAGCAAUGUGUAAAUGGAAAACGGGAAAGUUGAAGGGAAUUAUUAAUUUAUUUAUAAAAGAGACUUAAUUUUAACAUACUUCUGGCUCUGAAAGUUAUGUUGAGGGAGCUGUUAACGUGUGGAAAGGAUAAAGGGAAUUUGAAUGGAACAGUGCAUGACACCAUUUUCUGGGUCAGUAUCAUAGACAUCAUGGUCAGUAUAUUCAACCUAGGAAAGUUUUUUAUUGGCAAACCUCUUAAGGUAUUUUCAUGGACAUUAGCUGGUGCUGCUAUAAAGGAAACAGAAGGUAAUGUCGCCAUCUAGGGGUGAAGCAUCAGCAUGUAGAUGUAUAUGCCUUUCUUAUACUAUAUGUAACUUUUUGACUGGUGUACUGUGAUGUGAUGUGAUCUGUAAUGUAAUAAAUACAUCAAAUAAUAAAUAUGAAUCCAAACAAAGGAUUUAUUUAUGGGAUCUCAUCGCCCACCCAUUCAG